GGGCGGAGCCCAAGACAAGUACACAACCUCCCAUUCUUUAUUUACAGUGUUAAAAUACUGAAGUAUGCAAAAGUGAAAUCUACACACACGAUCUGUGACCUAAAGAAAACACGCGUACAAGUGUUCGGCUGUGAUGGCGUUCGUGAGUUUAUGUGGAGCUUUCAAGCGGUUUGUGGCCAGAAGUGUGAAGAUCAGGAGGAUUCAUGAACGCGUUUGGACUCAUCGGAUCAGAACAUCAGGACGAGAAGCUUCAUUCAUUAUGGCUGUUGCUCCACUUUCAUAUCUGAUGUAUAAAAGUGUUACUCAUUUCCCAGCAGUCUCUGCGCUGUACAAAGCUGAAGAAGUUUUAGAACAAGCCGACUAUCUGUACAGCUGCGGAGACACACAGAAGCUUCACCAGCUCCUCGUGCAGUAUAAAGACAGUGAUGACGCAGAGUUUCUGUGGCGUUUGGCGCGAGCGUCGCGCGAUCUGUCGUUACUGACGAGCAUCAGCGCCCACGAGAAGAAGCGACUCACGUACGAGGCCUUUGACUUCGCAAACAAAGCUCUCGAGAAAAACGAGUCUUCGUUUGCGGCACACAAAUGGUUUGCCAUUUGCCUCAGUGACAUCGGUGAUUAUGAAGGAGUCAAAGUGAAAAUAGGAAAUUCCUACAUCAUCAGAGAUCACCUGAAGCGAGCACUUGAACUCAAUCCUAAAGAUGCAACGUCCAUUCAUAUUCUGGGUUACUGGUGUUUCGCGUUUGCAGAAUUGCCGUGGUAUCAGCGUAAAGUUGCAGCUGUGAUUUUUGCAUCACCUCCGACAGCCACCUAUGAAGAGGCUCUGGAGUUCUUCUUGAGGGCGGAGGAAGUCGACCCAAACUUCUACAGCAAGAACCUGCUGAUGCUGGGAAAGACCUACAUGAUGCUGAGAGACCACAAGCGUGCGGCCACGUGGCUUCAGAAAGUGCGCGACUUCCCCGCGCUCACUGAAGAAGAUAAACAGGUUCAUAAGGAAGCGCUGGAUCUUCUGAAGAAACUCAAAGGAUGAGUCGGGACACCUAAAUAAAGCUCUACAGACAGUGAAUGUGUUUGAUAUAAAUUUGUCAUUUACUAACAUCGUGUCAUUGAUCCUGAGGUUUUAGAUUUAAAACGAUGAAACAAACACGUUCUGCCUUUCUAUUACAUGAUUUAAAGCACUCGAUUAUAAAAGAAUCUAAUAUUAAAGUCAUGCAUAUGUACCUGUAAAAGACAACAAGCAAAGCUCGUUCAGGACGACUGGACAGACUUCUUAACAGUCAUUGAACUGGCAAACAUUAGAAACGGAUCAACCGAUCGAUCAAUAAAGAUUUAACAUGUGGCAAGAGUUUCUCCUGAA